UUUAGUUGCAAUCGAGCUCUUCAGCCGCGCAGUUAAAUACAGAAGUGCUUGCUACAAAAAAAACUUUAUAUUGUAUUUAUAUUAUAUAUGUAAGAUUAUCAAUAAUGUAUCUGAUUAUCGGUACACUUGUAAUCGUGUUGUUGACGCUGAUCUAUAAAUGGUCUGUGGCCAAAUAUCACAUAUUCAAAGAACGAAAUAUUCCUCAUGAGACCCCAAAACCAUGGAUUGGAAAUCUAAGUUUUGGAGAAAUGUUCGGCUCAGUUCCAUCAUUACAAAGGCAAAUCGAUCAGCAUGAACAGUUUCGAGAUUCUAAAAUUUAUGGAUUAUACUUUUUGCGUGAUCCCAUAUUUGUAGUGCGAGAUGUGGAAAUGAUCAAGAAUGUGGGCGUUAAGGACUUUGAUCAUUUUAUGAAUCAUAUGUCUAUAAAGGAAAUUGAGACGCCGUUUACUAAGAGUCUUGUUCAGCUGAAGGAUCGUAAGUGGAAGGAAAUGAGGAAUAUAUUGACACCCACAUUUACUGGCAGUAAAAUGAGAGCUAUGUACGAUCUGAUCAAUGCGUGCAGUGAGGUCGGAGUUCAAUAUAUAGAAGGGGAAAUUAAGAAGAACGGUGGCAACUCCAUUGAGCUGGAAAUGAAGGAAUAUUUUACUCGGUUUACCAACGAUGUGAUAGCUUCGGCAGCUUUUGGCAUUAAAGUGAACUCGUUUGAGGAUAAGAACAAUGAAUUCUUCAAAAUUGGUCAGACUAUAACGAAAAUAAAAACUUCUGCAAUUGUUAAGAGUAUACUUUUUAUGAUUGUGCCAAAGUUAAUGAAGGCUUUGAAUGUCAGUAUAAUGGAUGAGAAGAACAUUAACUACUUCAAGAGUUUGGUUUUUAAUGCCAUUAAAUAUCGUGUCGAGAAUAAAAUAAUACGACCCGAUAUGAUCCAUCUGCUUAUGGAGGCCCAACGAAAGGGUGAUGAUGAUACUGAAGGAGGAAAGAAGUUCUCUGACGAAGAUCUACUGGCCCAAUGUCUACUCUUCUUCUUUGCGGGCUUCGAGACGGUCUCCGUUUGCCUCUGCUUCCUCACCUACGAACUAUGCAUGAAUCCCGAUGUGCAAUCCAAGUUAUACGAAGAGAUUGCAUCCGUGGAGGAGCAGUUGCAGGGGAAGCCCCUCGAUUAUGAUACACUUGUGCAUAUGAAGUAUCUGGAUAUGGUUGUAUCUGAAGCAUUGCGCAAAUGGCCACCUGCACCGCGAACGGAUCGAUUUUGCAAUUCAGACAUCGAUUUACGUGAUGAAAGCAAUGAUGUUGUGAUUUCCUUGAAAAAGGGAGAUGUACUCUUUAUACCUAUAAUUGGUUUACAUUACGAUCCAGAGAAUUUUACUGAUCCCACAGAGUUUAGACCCGAACGCUUCUCAGAUGAGAAUAAACAUGAGAUUAAACCAUUUACCUAUCUGCCAUUUGGAGUGGGACCACGGAAUUGCAUAGGCAACCGCAUGGCUUUGAUGGAGGUCAAAUCUAUAGUCUAUCAUCUAAUGUUGAAGUUCAAGCUAUUGCCAGCUCAAAAGACUGUAAAGGAUAUGAUGAGCAACAUUAAAGGCAUUACAAUGGUGCCUAAAGAAAAGUUUUGGAUUAAAUAUGAGACCAGGAAAACUGAUUCUCUGAAUACAGUUCACAACAUGUUGUUUAUAUUAUAUUUGAUGAUCACUAUAUGUGUGUUCAUUGCGUAUUUCAUACAUCGUAAUACAACCUACUGGAGGAAUCGGGGAAUACCUCAAGAGCCACCACAUCCAUUCUAUGGCAAUGUGGUUGGAUUUAGAAAGAAUCGUGUGCUUGAUGAUCUCAUAAUGGAUUAUUAUAACAAGUUUCGUAAAACUGGACACCCAUUUGUGGGAUUUAAUUUUCUGCACAGUCGUUGUGCUUUCGUAAUGGACAUAAAGUUGGCUAAGAAUGUUCUGAUUAAGGAUUUUUCCAACUUUGCCGAUCGUGGACAGUUUCACAAUGUACGUGAUGAUCCAUUGACGGGUCACCUUUUUAAUUUGGAUGGCAAACGUUGGAAGGAGAUGAGACAGAAACUUACGCCGACAUUCACAUCUGGCAAAAUGAAGUUCAUGUUUCCGACUGUAAUAAAAGUGUCUGAGGAAUUUGUUAAUGUUAUGUCUGAGCUAGUUCCGGCCAAAACUGGAGGAUCAAUCAUCGAGAUCAAAGAUCUAAUGGCUUGUUAUACCACCGAUGUCAUUGGCACCUGCGCCUUUGGUAUUGAAUGCAGUACACUACGUACUCCUGAGACCGACUUCCGGAAAAUGGGACAGAAGUUCUUCACUGAUAUGCGUCAUGGCGAAAUCCUCACAGCAUUCAUUUUCAGUUUUCCCAGUUUGGCAGCCAAGCUUCGAAUGCGAUUGAUUCCGGAGGAUGUUCACGAGUUCUUUAUGAGAUUGGUAAACGAUACUAUCGCAAAUAGGGAAAAGGAGAAGAUCAAACGCAACGAUUUCAUGGAGUUGCUGAUCGAACUGAAGCAGAAGGGAAGCUUCACCUUGGAGAAUGGUGAAGUGGUCACGGGAUUGGAUGUAGGUGAGCUGGCAGCCCAGGUCUUUGUCUUCUUUUUGGCCGGAUUCGAGACUUCCUCAUCCACUAUGAGCUAUUGUCUAUAUGAACUGGCUCAACGCUCUGACAUACAAGAUAAACUGAGAGCAGAUAUUUUGAAUGUGCUUGAGAAACACGAUGGAAAACUGACCUAUGAGAGCGUUACAGAUAUGCGUUAUCUGAAUCAGGUGAUAUCAGAAACACUCCGCCUUCAUACAAUUUUGCCUGUUCUAGAGCGCAAGGCUCUAAAUGAUUACGUGGUUCCCGGUCAUCCCAAUUACGUGAUUGAGAAGGGAACACCGGUAUUAAUACCUGCAACUGCAUUUCAUCGAGAUGAAGAUUUCUAUCCCGAACCUGAGAAGUUCGAUCCGGAGAGGUUCACACCUGAGAAAGUCGCUGCUCGUGAUUCUGUCGAGUGGUUGGCAUUUGGCGAUGGUCCCAGGAACUGUGUGGGAAUCCGUUUUGGCCAAAUGCAAACACGUGUUGGCCUGGCUCAGCUGAUAAAGAAUUUUAAAUUCUCGGUGUGCGAGACGACAGAGAUACCCCUUAAAUACAAUCCCAAGUCGUUUGUUUUGGGCACAAUCGGCGGUAUUAAUGUGCGUGUGGAGCGUGUUGAGCCAUGAAUUUAUCUUUUAAAUGAUGACUUCAUUUAAUAUGCGUUUAAAAUUUUUUGUUUACAUUUGUGUUAAGUUGUUGGAGCUUGACUAAUUACAUAUACUCAUUUAUAUUA